AUGGCACACCGCAGACAAGACGUCGAUUAUGACGUAGUCAUUGUUGGCGCAGGCAUCUCUGGCAUCAAUUUCGCCUACAGAUUGCAAGAACGAAACCCCGAGUUAAGUUACUGCAUUGUCGAUGCACGACAUGAGAUUGGCGGAACCUGGAGUCUGUUCAAAUACCCUGGUAUCCGAUCUGAUUCCGAUCUCUACACGUUUGGCUUUCCUUGGCGACCGUGGGAAGAGAAGCAGCCCAUUGCCCAUGGUACUCUCAUCCUCAAAUAUCUCAAGGAGUCUGCCGCAGAGGAGGGAAUCGACAAGAACAUCAAGUUCAACCAUGCCGUUAAAAAGAUGAACUGGUCGUCAGACUCGUCCACCUGGAACCUGGACAUUAUCGCCAACGGCUCCGACAAGGUCAAGCUGCGCUCACGCUUCAUCCUCCUCGGAACAGGGUACUACAACUACAACGAACCCUUGAAAGCUCAAAUUCCAGGAAUCGAGAACUUUGGCGGUACUGUCAUCCACCCUCAGUUUUGGCCCACCGACCUCGAUUACACCAACAAGAACGUCGUCAUUAUUGGAUCUGGUGCUACGGCUGUGACUCUACUCCCAUCCAUGUGCGACAAGGCCGCCCACACAACCAUGCUCCAACGAUCACCUACUUACAUCCUGGCGCUUCCCGAAAAGGACCCCUUCGAUAGAACCGUGCGGUUUAUGCUCCCGGAUAGAUUGGCCAAGCGUAUCGUGCGAUUCAAAUGGAUCUUUUCUGCAUUCCUCCUCACCACCUUUUGCAAAUGGUUCCCGCGCCUAGCCCGAGCCCUUAUUCUGCGACGAACCUCUCGUGAGCUUCCUAAAGGCACUAAUAUGGACCCUCAUUUCAAGCCUCGGUACAACCCCUGGGAACAGCGCAUGUGUCUAUGCCCCGGUGGUGAUUUCUUCCGAUGUCUAAAGACGGGUAAAGCUAGUGUUGAGACCGGCGUAAUCGACCAAGUGACGGCAAAAACCAUCAAGCUCAAGUCUGGACAGGAGUUGCAUCCGGAUAUCAUUGUUACAGCCACGGGUCUCAAGUUACAUAUCGCCGGUGGCAUCGAAACUUCCAUCGACGGCAAGCACGUUAAUGUCUCCGAUAGCUACUCAUGGAAAGGAUGUAUGCUCGAAAAUAUCCCCAACCUGGCAGUGUCACUCGGCUACGUCGAUGCUAGUUGGACUUUGGGAGCAGAUGCCACCGCACAGCUGGUCUGCCGCAUGUUAAACAAGACCACAAAGGAGGGAUACAACGUCAUGAUCCCUCGACUGAGCGACCAGGAGAAAGCCAGCAUGCAGCAGCUUCCGUUCAUGAGCCUCAACUCGACGUACGUGGAGAAGGGCAAGGACCUGUUCCCCAAGGUCGGAACUCACCCUCAGUGGAUGCCACGGUCAUACUAUUGGAAGGAUCUUACCAAUGCAUGGUGGGGAGAUAUCAACGGAGGCAUGGAGUGGUCAAAAUAG